AAGAAAAUCAACAACAAAGUAUUCCAAGCUCCCUAUCCAACACAACAUCAGAUUUAUAUUCCACAAGCGCCCAGCUGACGGUUUAAUAAGAAAAUGGACAUUUUUAAAGAGUUUUAAACACUUUUCGACUGCUUUAUAGAGAUUUCCAUGUAGGGGAACCAAAUCCGGUUUGCAUUGUUGUGGUUUAGCGGAGAGACUGAAACUCCUCGCCGUGGAUCGGGCCUGUUUCAGCACAUAACCUCAAUUCUUCGUUUUCAGGCGCUUAAGAAGUCACAAUGUCAAUUUUGGGUCUGAAAAAGAAGCAACCAAAGACUUUUAAAGUCAAAGUCAGCACCAUGGAUGCUGAAAUGGAGUUCAGUUGUGAGGUCAAAUGGAAAGGGAAAGAUUUGUUCGACCUGGUGUGCCGGACCAUUGGUUUGAGGGAAACGUGGUUCUUUGGCCUUCGAUACACAGUGAAAGACACUUACGCCUGGCUGAAGCCUGAUAAACAGGUUUUGGAUCAAGAAGUUCCAAAGGACUCUCCGAUAACAUUUCAUUUUCUCGCCAAAUUCUUUCCUGAGAAAGUCGAGGAUGAGCUCGUUCAGGAAAUUACUCAGCACCUCUUCUUCUUACAAGUCAAAAAGCAGAUUCUAGAUGAGGAGAUAUUUUGCUCUCCAGAAGCCUCUGUUCUUUUGGCGUCGUAUGCUGUUCAAGCUAAGUAUGGGGACUAUGAUCCAAACUUUCACAAGCCAGGUUUCUUAGCUCAAGAUGAACUCUAGAACAAAAAGGUGCUGAUGCAGUACCAGAUGACACCGGACAUGUGGGAAGAGAAGAUAACAGCUUGGUAUGCUGAACACAGAAAUAUCACAAGGGACGAGGCUGAGAUGGAGUAUCUAAAAAUAGCACAGGAUCUAGAGAUGUAUGGAGUUAGUUACUUUUCUAUUACACAAAAUAAGAGGGACACCGAGCUGCUUCUUGGAGUUGAUGCUCAGGGUCUUCACAUCUACAGCCCCAACAACAAGCUCAGCCCCAACAAAUCCUUCCCCUGGAGUGGAAUCCGAAACAUCUCGUACAGCGAGAAGGAGUUUACUAUCAAACCAUUGGACAAGAAAAAGGAAGUUUUUAAAUUCUACUCCUCUCAGCUCAGAGUUAACAAACUGAUCUUACAGCUGUGUAUUGGAAACCACGACCUGUUCAUGAGGAGGAGGAAGGUGGACUCCAUAGAAGUCCAACAGAUGAAGGCGCAGGCCAAAGAAGAGAAGGCCAGGAAAAAGGUUGAGCGUCAGAUUCUUGCACGGGAGAAGCAGAUGAGGGAGGAAGCAGAGCGAGCGAAAGAAGACAUGGAGCGCCGUCUUUUCCAGCUACAGGACGAGGCUCGAAUGGCCAAUGAAGCUCUACUGCGCUCCGAGGAGACGGCCGACCUUCUGGCAGAGAAAGCCCAGAUCGCAGAGGAGGAGGCCAAACUACUGGCCCACAAAGCAGCUGAAGCAGAACAGGAGAGGCAGAGACUGGAGGUCACAGCCCUCAAAACCAAAGAGGAGAAGAGACUGAUGGAGCAGAAGAUGAGAGAAGCAGAACAACUGGCGGUUAAGCUUGUUGAGCAGUCAGAGAGGAGACUGAAGGAGGCAGACCACCUGAAACAGGAUCUGAAUGAGGCUAAAGAUGCAGAACGGAAGGCAAAGCAGAAACUCCUGGAAAUCACCAAAUCAACAUACCCUUUAAUAGCAGCAUACUCCAGCCCUCCUCCACCCACUGGGCCAGAGAGUCCAGAAGUGAGCAGCUCCAUCAGAAUGGACUUCAAGGACUCGGAUAUGAAAAGACUUUCCAUGGAGAUUGAGAGAGAACGGCUAGAGUACAUGGAAAAGAGCAAACAUCUUCAAGACCAGCUGAAGGAGCUCAAAUCAGAGAUUGAAUCCCUAAAGUUGGAAGAGCAGCAACAGGCUGGACUCUACAGUCUCAGGAGUUACGCUGAACCUCCUUAUGUUCCUCACAGCAAUAGAAAUUCUGCCUACAUGGCUCAGAUGGCCUUCUACGAGGAAGUGUGAAAGAACAAUCCAGUCUCUGUUUCAGGAGCAGUUUGCAGCUAUCACUGAAGCAUGCAUGUACACCAAAAAUGCAGCAACCUCACAUACUAUGCUUUUAAAAUUAAUAUAUUUCUUUUCCUUUUUUUGAGCAAUUUGGUUUUGUGU